ACACACACACACAAAGAGACACAUACCAUUGCAUUACAGGGGAGAGCUGCCUGCAGGACGGUCGGCUGCGAUCCGAGCUUCUGACCCGGACCAUCUACCUGUGCACUUGUGUUUCGUUGCUCGGCGGCCCCAACCCCUCGGUACGGUACUGACUGGCACCGUUCCGCCCGAAGCGCUCCUCUCCUCAUUUUGCACCCUGUGGAUAAUACUCCCCAGGCCUCCCUUAGCCCCUCGGUGGCUCUCUGACACUCAUCAGGGCUCACAGAUAUAAUGAAGUCCAUUCUGAUCCCCCUCUUAAGUACGUUGCUCAUAGGACAUGUACUUCUGGAAAGCCCCGAGGAUGACCCUCCAGCCAUCGAUGACCAUCGCAAGCAAGUUCCACCCCUAACCAUAGAGUCUCCCACAGAACCGUCACUGAUCUUCCCCAUGACCGUGCCCUCUCCCACCACGACACAAACGACCGUGGCCCCCGAUAUACAGGAUGAGUUCCUGAGCUCAACAGAGUGCCUGAAGAGGAAGCUCACCUACCGGUCGUGCAACGUUGCCUUCUGUCCCCCCUGGAUGCGAUGCCUGGAUGGCCGGUGCGAGUGCAAGCUGCCCUACCAGUGCCCCCGGGAUGACGCUGCCAAAACUUGCAGCAAACUCAAAAGGAGCUUCUUUUCCUACUGCCAGCUGAAGGCAAUGGACUGUAUGCGCAGCACAUCCUCAUUUUCUCACUUUGCAGAUGACUGCAAAGAGGACCUCAGAAAAAAGAUCAGCUUGAGAGGGAAUCACAACGUAAUUGUAGCAGAAGUGAAUUCAGAGAGCUUUUUCAUCUGCGGGGAUAAAUGGAACAUGGCGGUGGCCAAUGUUAUGUGCAGGGAGGUGGAAAACAAGGAUGAGGGUGCCGAGAAGCUCACAAAUGUGCAGUUAAUGAACGUUUCGGAACCAGGGCAGCAGUGGCCAAAGAGAUGUAUCGGUAUACAUUGCACGGGCCUGGAGAACUCCUUGAAUGAGUGCUCUUUCUACGGCCAUAAAUUACUCAGUGCACGUGACAACAUAGCCACCUUCCCCUCUUGUUACCACGGCCACAGAGGCUGCACCAGGUUCGAGUUCCCCUGCGUCAAUGGCAAAUGUAUCCCUCUUACCAGCAUUUGUGACUCGACCAACGACUGCGGGGACGGCAGCGAUGAGAUGUGCUGUAAAGACUGUCGAAAAGGGUUCCACUGUAAAUCCAAUGUGUGCAUUCCUUCUUCUUCUGUGGGGGACAAAAUUAUGGACUGUCUGGGAGGAGAUGAUGAAGUUGAAGAUAGAGUCGAGCAACGUAAGGAGAGCAGUAAAGUUCAGAAAUUACCACCUGGAAACAUAAAUGUUCGAACUUCUGAAUACAUAAAGAAUGAGAUAAAAAUAGCACGGGAUUUUUUAGAGAAAUUCCAGUGUGGAGUACCGAAUAUGGACCAUCUGGAACCUGAUACGAGAAUUCGGAAGAAACGUAUUGUUGGGGGCGCAGAAGCUGGCAAGACGCAGUUUCCCUGGCAAGUGGCCUUACAGGAGGGGGGCAACAUCGACUGUGGAGGGACCUACAUUGGAGGCUGCUGGGUGCUGACGGCAGCUCACUGUGUCAGGCCCAAGCCGGAGGCGUUUCGAGUGAAGCUCUCUGUCUGGAACAAGCGGAUUAUACAGAGCACCACCGACAUCGUGCCAGUUGAAAACAUUAUCAUUCACCCCGACUUCAAUCCCACGACAUAUAAGAACGACAUUGCCCUGAUAGAACUCAAGAAGCUGCCUUUCUCCUCAGUAUGUUUCACAGAAAACGCUGCUGUCAGCCCGGCUUGUCUUCCCUGGUCAGAAGAUCAGUUCCUACCUGGAGAUAAAUGUAGCGUUUCUGGAUGGGGGCGACUUGUAGGGGGUGGGAAAACAGAGGUGCUGCAAUGGGCAGACAUUAAUAUAAUAGGGAACUGCUCGGGGCUUUAUGGACACCGGUACCACAAGGGGAUGGAGUGUGCAGGUGCACUGGAUGGCAGCGUGGACAGCUGUCAAGGGGACUCCGGGGGUCCUCUGAUCUGCAGGGACGAAAGAGGCGUGGCUUACAUUUGGGGUGUGGUCAGCUGGGGAGAGAAGUGCGGUGUAGCCGGACACCCCGGAGUGUACACCAAGGUGGCGUACUACCACAACUGGAUUACCUCACACAUUGGCCGCGAGACAGCGAGCAAGUACAACCUGUAGAGCCGAGAGACCUUCAUGACAACGGAGGUGCGCUCGGUAUAAGGCCCGCGAAGUCUUCAGUUUCAAAAUUAACCAGUUCUGUCCACAGUUAUGUUGCGGCUAACCAGCAAACUUUUUAAAUUGUCGUCAUUCUGUUAUUAUCGCACCCUUAGUCUCAGAAUGCGAUUUUGAAUUUUGAUGAGCAUUGUUCUGCUUUGCAAGUAUUAAAAUGUGCAAAUGCUUGUGGACAGUUAAUAAAAGCUCAAUAUCUUCUGU